AUGGUCAACGUCCGCAUGUCCCGGCGCGCUGGGUCUAUCAUCCGCGUCGUCGCGGACCGCGCGCUGGAGGCGGGGGAGGAGCUCUUCACCUCAUACGGUUCGCAGGAUUGGUUCCUGGACCGUCACCUGCACGCAGCCCCCAUGGACUCAAACCAGACACAUGCAGGCGAGGAGAACUGCAGCCUCACUCCUCACACGCUACCCGCCACCGCCGUCUGCGCGACGACCACAGGUCCGGAUCCGUCCAGUGAGGGUGUGCUGGCCCAGUACCCUGUGGAGGCAGGCACCGUGCUCUCCAGUCCGAUGUUCGCCUUUGAUCGGACUUACGUCUCCGGAGCUCCGGACCUGCUGGCAAGCUGCGCCGGCCAUCCGGAUCUCGACCUGCUGGUGCUCCCCAUCCUCUUCCCGGGCGCGCUGGCUCACGAAUCAAGCUCUGCCAACGUGGCUGCGUCGGUGCACCUGGAGAGUUCAGCAGCCGAGCUGUCCGCCUACCAGAUCUGCGAUCGCGCGGCUCCCCUUGGCUCAUUCCGCCUAACUGCCCUGAAGAACAUCACCGCAGGGGAGCGCCUCGUGGUCGCCGCCUUCGACCUUCCCGGGAGCCCUGGAGCACGGCUUGCGGCCGUGGGCGGCGUUUGGCCCGAGCACUGGAUGUCGACGUCUGUGGCCCAGUCGCGGCUGGCCGCGGCGCAGGAGGGCGUUGCUGUAGCCCAGUUCCAGCACGCGGAAGCCCUCCGGCUGGGAGGUGGAGAUGCCCCAGCAGCCCUGGAGUGGUACCGGAAAGCAGCCGACCAGGGCCACACGGAAGCACAGCUGCGCACGGGCAGCCUGCUACAUCGGGAGUUGCGCCAGCUGGCUGACAGGAAGGACGCAAGGAUGGAGAAGGCGGUGCAGGAGGUGUACCAGUACUACACCCAAGCUGCUUCUGGUGGUUGCGUCAAAGCGCAGCUCCUUUUGGCCGAGCUCUGCAUGGAUGGCAAGUUCAUGGAGGUCAACCGGACUUGUAGUGCCACAUGGGCCCGUCGGUCCCUGGAAAGCGGCGCGGCGCGCACGUCGCUCUUCGCGGAGACCUUCUUCGAGCUUGCCUCGAGCUUCCUGGAGGGAACACAUGGCCCGGUGGACCAGGCGCCUGCUUUCUUCUGGCUGCAGGUCGCCGCUGAGGCAGGGUCUGCCCAGGCCCAGUAUACGCUGGGCAGGGAGCUGAUGGAGGACCUGGAAGGGGCCACCGGAAAUGAAUUUGCCGCUCAGUGGUUGCAGAGGGCCGCCGAGCAGGGCCACGAGGAAGACCUCGUGGAAGCAUCGGCUUUUGGAGGCUUGGAUUCGCGAAGCCUUUGCCAGGAGGCGCAGUUCUUGCUCGGGGUGGCCUUGGCCGCUAUGCUUGAUUUUGGACAAAUGUGUCAUUCUUGGAUGCAAAGGGUGGCCCAGAGCUUGCUGCUAUUCGUCACAGCCCUAAGCUUCCUGGACCCCACGAAGCUCUACUCAGCACGCCGACAGGCCAUGGGCCAAGGCCUGCCCCAGAAUGAUUCCGCGGCCGCACAGUGGUUCGGACUCGCCGCCGAGCGAGGCAGUGGUUCGAGGGCUCGAGGACUCUAG